CAGUCCGAGCAGGGUCGCGUCUGGCUGGUGGGCGGGCCGCGCAGGCGUAGAGAGCCCUAGCCACGCCGGCUCAGGUGGACUCAGGUGAGGGGGGCGGAGUACACCUGUGGGGCCCGGGCGGCCAGUGCAAGCCCCCGUGGGCGCAAUUAGCCGCCAGGUAGGGCUCGGGGCUGACGGACAGGCUCCGGAAGGGGCGCGGGCCCGCUCGGCCUCGAUUCUCAGAGGGGGGAUGCGGUGACGCCCCUGAGCGACCAUGGCAGCGGCCGACGAGCUGACCUUCCACGAAUUUGAAGAAGCCACUAAUCUUCUGGCUGAGACCCCAGAUGCAGCCACCACAAGCAGAAGUGGUCAGCUGACCCCACAAGGGCACGUGGCUGUGGCUGUGGGCUCAGAUGGCAGGUAUGGAGCCGAGGAUGAGGUGGAGGAGGACAGUGACAAGGCAGCGCUCCUACAGGAGCAGCAGAAGCCACAGCCUGGAUUCUGGACCUUUGGCUACUAUCAGAGCUUCUUUGACGUGGACACCUUACAGGUCUUGGACAGGAUCAGAGGCUCACUGCUGCCCCGGCCUGGUCACAACUUUGUCCGGCACCAUCUGCGGAAUCGGCCAGAUCUGUACGGCCCCUUCUGGAUCUGCGCCACGCUGGCCUUCGUCCUGGCUGUCACCGGCAACCUGACACUGGUGCUGGCCCAGAGGAGGGACCCCUCCAUCCACUAUAGCCCCCAGUUCCACAAGGUGACCGUGGCUGGGAUCACCAUCUACUGCUAUGCGUGGCUGGUGCCACUGGCGCUGUGGGGCUUCCUGUGGUGGCGCAAGGGCGUCCGGGAGCGCAUGGGACCCUACACCUUCCUGGAGACCGUGAGCGUCUACGGCUACUCCCUCUUCGUCUUCAUUCCCAUGGUGGUCCUGUGGCUCAUUCCUGUGCCAUGGCUGCAGUGGCUUUUUGGGGUGCUGGCCCUGGCCCUGUCAGCCGCUGGGCUGGUGUUCACCCUCUGGCCCGUCGUCCGCGAGGACACCAGGCUGGUGGCUGCGGCGCUGCUGUCUGCCGUCGUGCUGCUCCACGCUCUCCUGGCCCUGGGCUGUAAGUUGUAUUUCUUCCAGUCACUGCCUCCGGAGCACCUGGGGCCUAUGUCCCAAGUUUCACCUCUGCCCCCAAACGUACCACUGCCACCCACUCUGCCACAGUCCUUGGCCACCUCCUAAGAAGGCGCUGGUCCUGCAGGCAAAACCUCAGGGGACAUGUCUGUCAGCCAGCCACACCCGAACGAUGACUGAAGGCUCCCUUGACACUUCGAGAUCACUCUGCUACUUUCCAGACUUUUCUUACAAAGCAAACACGUUUAUUUUCUAUGCAAA